GAAAGUGCAGCCUAGACAAGAGGGGGUGCUCGAGGAGCCAAAGUGUAUGGUGUUUUUGUUUUUGAUCCCCCAGCAAAAGCUUUCAGGACGCGUGACCACGUGCUUGUAGUUCGUAAGCGGCCGGGAUGAAACAGAAACCUUCUUCACCACGGAUCCACCUCUCCUCAGAUGGCAACAAGUUCGUGGAGUUCGGCAUCGUCCGACAGGGACGAUGCGGUGGGCCCGAGGUUCACCUGCGGUGCCGUAUCACGGCCAUGUCGCGGCUCUCGCCUCGCGACAGCAAGACGGUGUGCAAGAUCCCCAGCAAGGUCGACGACGUCACGUUGGGGAAGCCGGCUAUCGUGGCAGGACCCGUGGCCGGACCUGUGUCGCGUGUCUUCGGACUCUUCAAGAGCGUCGCGCAUCGCAUCAGGUGCAUGAACCGACUGCUAGUGCCGCCCGCUGAAUGAGUCGAGAGUCGAAGACCUGCUUCCCGAGGAUGACGAAGGCGUCCUGUCCGACCUUCCCGACCAGGUGCCCGUGGAAGAAAAAGUGCUCGAGUGGGCUGAGGGCGUGCUUCGAAGCGGGCUUCCGGAUAUUCAGGUGUCUCCUCCGGAUAGCGACGGAGGUUCAGACGCGGACGAUGAAUGCGAUGACGACGAGGAAGAAGAUGGCAGUUCUGGUUUUUUCAGCGACGAGCUCAGUGAAACGGAUGUCGACUCGGUCCUCUCUACCAGCGACAAACAGAUUCAGUGCAGCUUGGGUCGCCUACACGCUGAGCCAAGCGCAGCGUCGGGAACGAACCAAGCUGAAGCUCGUUUCGCACUCAGAACUUCCGGAAUGGUUGAAGAACAACGAGUACCUCGUGAGGUACCACAGGCCUCCGCUGUACAGCUGGCGCGCGUGUGCCCGCUCCAUCUUCAGCCUGCAUACGGAAAGCGGAAACAUCUGGACGCACCUUCUCGGUGCCUUGGGUUUCCUAGCGCUGGGCGUUCACUUCUUCCGCUCCGACGUUCUCGCCCUGGACUGGGCGGGUUGUCUCGCCUUCGGCAUCUACUUCGCCGGGGCAGCCCUAUGCCUCACUCUUUCUACGACGUACCACACGUUCAACUGCCACUCCGCGAAAGUGGGCAAGUUCUUCUGCAAGAUGGACUAUUUCGGCAUCACGGUGCUCAUUUUGGGCUCGUUCUACCCGUGGCUCUACUUCCAGUUCCUCUGCGAGCCCCUCAAGCGGCUAGUCUAUGGUCUCCUAGUGACUGCUUCCGGUCUCUUGACCAUGCGCGUAUCGUUGUCGCACAAGUUCGGCGAAGCGCGCUACCGCGCCCUUCGCGCGGGAAUCUUCUUCAGCUUCGCCCUGGUGUGCGGUGUCCUCCCGUCUGCGCACUACGGGAUCCAGCAUGGCUGGAACGACCUCAUGUACAAGAGUUCCUUCCUGUACAUCCUGCUCAUGGUGGCCAUCUACGUGAGCGGCUGUUGCGUCUACGCGAGCCGCGUUCCUGAGCGAUUCUUUCCCGGACGCUGCGACCUGGCCUUCCAGAGUCACCAGAUCUUCCACGUGCUCGUGCUCAUGGGUGCCCUGGCGCACUACUACGGGCUUUCGAAGCUGGCCACUCUCAGGGUGUCUCAGGGUUCCUGCCCACUGGGACAGACCGACUCUCUGCUACACAGCUUGGCACUUGUAUGAAGCAAGGCCAAUACGACAGGAGAAGAAACGAGGCUGACCUAGAUUUUUCAGACUUGGACCUUCAGGCUUUCCUUCCCGACCAGCUGGCAAGCCGAGGUCAUCUUUGAUGUAGCGUCGCAAAUAGCACGUCGCUUUCAGCGGCCUGCGCAGCGUCGAAGAGCCGAGAAACUACAGGUGUUCAUCGCAUAAACGGACCGAAGCCGCAGCUUGUGUCCGAGGUGCGGCGCUUCGUCCUUCCACCAUUCGCCGGUCACGACGCUGCAAGACCUAUAGGAGACGACCGAAGAGGAGUCCAAGCGCAGAGCCAUGGCGUUGCUCACGUUCGUCCCCGAAUUCUCGCGAGACUGACGAGAAUAGAGAACGUCCCUCCCCGUAUGUUUCAGCUAUCAUACGCUAAGAGUGUAACGCCAUGGGGACACAACCACGUCCAGGACCGGUCAAAACAAUAUCACGUGAUAGCUUCGGAAGGCAGGGCGUGCAGACGUAUAGCGUUCCUAAACAUCCAUCGCUGUCGCAACCUUCGGGUCUCCAAGCGCGCUCAGCUUCAACAUCGCUGCUGACGACAUCGCGGGCUGCGAUGCACGUAUGCGAAAUAUGGGCCAACACACUCGGACGGAAGAUGCGUGCGCAUUUCACAGACUGUUGCGUGGUUUUGAAAUGAUGUCCCACCAGGGGUAUAUGCUUCCGAGAAGUCAGAAGACGCGCAUGUACUUUUCGCUUGGCGGCGCCGCUGUGCAAGACAUCCUCAUUGUAGCCACUGCCAACGGACACACCCGCCAAGCUGCACCAUCUAGUUCCCUCGUUCCAGCCAUAUAAUAUACAAGCUUAGCGGUGUGUGGCCGAGUGUUCCAGUCAUUGUAAACCUCCUGCCGGAUUCACGUCGCUUUUUGAAUUGACCGAGACGCGAUGUAUAUACAAGAGCAUAUAUUUGCGGUGAACUCUAUGGCUGCGUCAUUGAUUAUAUAGUACGUAAAUUAAUAAAUUAACGCAAUGUAUAUUUGUUGUCUUGUACUCUGCGUAUACGGUACAUAUGCAGGAGUUGAACGGUAUACCGUACUUUUUACUUGUGCCGGUUAACGCCUAAUAAAAACUUUUUUCUGACAUAA